UCACUCACUCUCUCACACACACGCAUUCACGGCGGAGUGCAGCCCGGAAAGGCAGAAUGCUUUUCACAAAGAGGGAAACUGAAGCAGGGAGACACCCGUAGCACCGGCCUGGGACUUUUAUUCAUUGACAUCACGCGCUUUACUUACUCUCACUCGCACUCACCCACGCCGAAAACAAAGCGUGGACCGCAGCUGUCAGGCUGGACGGGACGGCGGGGACCCCCACUUCACGCACACAUGCGCACACGCCCACGGAGACGCGCACCAUGGUGCAGGUCCAGGGCGCCGGGACGCCCGGCAGGUCCCGCCGGCUGAUGCUCAAGCUGCCGGUGGGGACGCUGCGGAGGAACAGCGGGGAGAGGAUGACAGAGGGAAGGCGAUGUCAGGUCCAUCUCCUGGACGACAGGAAGCUGGAACUCCUCGUACAGCCCAAACUGAUGGCCAAGGACUUGCUGGACCUUGUGGCCUCUCACUUCAACCUCAAGGAAAAGGAAUAUUUUGGGAUUGCAUACACAGACGAAACGGGCCACUUUAGUUGGCUGCAGCUGGACCGUAGAGUACUGGAGCAUGAAUUCCCCAAGAAGUCUGGUCCCAUUGUCCUCUACUUCUGUGUCAGGUUCUACAUUGAGAGUAUAUCCUACCUUAAGGACAAUGCUACCAUUGAGCUGUUCUUUCUUAAUGCCAAGUCCAUCAUAUAUAAGGAACUCAUUGAAGUGGACAGUGAUGUUGUCUUUGAAUUGGCUUCCUUCAUCCUACAAGAGGGAAAAGGUGAUUUUACCAGCAAUGAUGCAACAAGGUCUGACCUGAAAAAGCUGCCUGCUCUGCCCACCCAGGCAUUAAAGGAUCACCCAUCUCUGGCCUACUGUGAAGACCGUGUUGUAGAGCAUUACAAGAAACUCAGUGGGCAGUCUAGAGGACAGGCUAUUGUAAAUUAUAUGAGCAUUGUAGAGUCUCUGCCCACAUAUGGAGUGCAUUACUAUGCUGUAAAGGACAAGCAGGGGAUCCCAUGGUGGUUGGGUCUGAGCUAUAAAGGCAUCUUUCAGUAUGACUACCAGGACAAAGUCAAACCCAGAAAGGUGUUCCAAUGGCGUCAGCUGGAGAACCUCUACUUCAGAGAGAAGAAGUUUUCAGUGGAAGUUCAUGACCCCAGGAGUAGGGCGUCGGUAACAAGAAGGACGUUUGGUCACAGUGGCAUCGCCGUGCAUACUUGGUACGCCUGUCCUGCUCUCAUCAAGUCCAUCUGGGCCAUGGCCAUCAGCCAACACCAGUUCUACCUGGACCGCAAGCAGAGCAAGUCAAAGAUCCAUGCAGCACGCAGUUUGAAUGAAAUUGCAAUAGACCUUACAGAAACAGGAACCUUGAAGACCUCCAAACUGGCCAACAUGGGAAGCAAGGGCAAGAUUAUCAGCGGCAGCAGUGGUAGCCUGCUCUCCUCAGGCUCUCAGGAAUCGGACAGUUCCCAGACCGCUAAGAAGGACAUGCUGGCAGCGCUGAGGGCCAGGCAGGAAGCUCUGGAAGAAACACUAAGACAGAGACUGGAGGAACUCAAGAGUAUUUGUAUUCGAGAAGCGGAAUUGACAGGAAAACUUCCAAAGGAAUAUCCUCUGGAUCCGGGAGAGGAGCCACCCACAGUGAGACGGAAGAUUGGCACUGCCUUUAAAUUGGACGAGCAGAAAAUUCUACCAAAGGGAGAGGAAGAGGAGCUGGAGCGUUUGGAGCGGGAGUUUGCCAUUCAGUCCCAGAUUACGGAGGCAGCCAGGCGUCUCGCCAGUGAUCCUCACGUGAGCAGUAAAAAGCUGAAGAAACAGAGGAAGACUUCUUAUCUGAACGCACUGAAGAAGCUCCAGGAAAUUGAGAACUCGAUUAAUGAGUACCGCGUCCGCUCUGGCAAGAAACCAACGCAGAGAGCAUCCCUUAUCAUAGAAGAAGCCAAUAUAUGUUCUGAGGACAGCUCAUUGUCUGAUGCACUGGUUUUAGAUGACGAUGAUCCUCAAGUUACAGGUACGCCAACCUUCUCUCCAGUAGCUUCGCCUCAUAAGGGCCUCCCUCCGCGACCGCCGUCUCACAGCCGCCCCCCGCCCCCGCAGUCCCUGGACGGCCUGCGACACCUGCACUACACACGUUCAGACUAUGAUAAAUCUCCCAUCAAGCCAAAGAUGUGGAGCGAAUCAUCACUGGAUGAACCCUAUGAAAGAGUCAAGAAACGCUCUUCUCAUUCCAGUCACAGGCGUUUCCCAAGCUCUGGCAGUGCUGAAGCUGGGGGCAGUAACUCCCUGCAAAGCAGCCCCAUCAGGAGCAUGCCGCACUGGAACUCCCAGUCGAGCAUGCCGUCCACCCCGGACCUGAGAACCAGGACUCCACACUAUGUACAUUCCACCAGGUCAGUGGACAUCAGUCCCACACGUCUGCACAGUCUCUCUCAGCACUUUAGGAACCGCAGCUCCAGCCUUGAGUCUCAGGGCAAACUGUUGGCAUCUGAUCCCGACGCACAUCCGCACACCGUGGGCAGUCCUGACUUCUUCCUCGGUCCGGGACGCAGCUCCAACGGCUCUGACCCAUUGGAUGACUGCUCAUCCUGCACCAGCCAAAGUAGCUCAGAGCAUUACUACCCCUCUGGUGGACCCCCCGGCAGCAACCCAAACUACUCUACUCUGGGAGAGGACUCACCCUCCAAAGCAAGACAGAGGCAGCGGCAAAGGCAUAGGUCUGCAGGUCACCUGGGUUCCUCUAACUCUGGCUCAAUGCCGAACCUGGCAGCUAAAAAUGGCUCUGGUGGAGGCUCAGGAGGAGGCGGAGUGGGAGGGGGACACCAUGGAGUCUACCUGCACAGUCAGAGCCAGCCCUCCUCCCAGUAUCGCAUCAAAGAGUACCCUCUAUACGUGGAGGGCAGCCCUAACCCGGUGGUGGUGCGCAGCCUGGAGAACGACCAGGAGGGCCACUACAGCGUGAAGGCUCAGUUUAAGACCUCCAGCUCCUACACUGCCGGGGGACUGUACAAGGAGGCCUGGGGGGGAGAAGAGGGCGGAGAGGGAAGUGGCCGACUUACGCCAUCACGCUCUCAGAUCGUACGGACUCCGUCUUUGGGGAGAGAUGGCGGUGGAAGCGGAGGAGGGGGGAGGGUAGCAGUGUCCGAAGAGUUACGGUGUUGGUACCAGAGGUCUUCAGGAAGCCUGAAAGAAAGGAGUCACUCACAUUCAGGAUCCACGUCAUCGGAGAGUGGAUCACAACAGGGCACUCUGGGACACGGACGAGGGAGUCGAGUCGGGACACUCGUCAAGGGCUCACCAGCCGCGUCCCCUCACAGUCAGAGGAGUAUGACCCCCUCCAGUGAGCACGCAGCCACGCCCACACCGCCCUGCAGUCCACAGCACAUCCUCAACUGGAAGAGUGGAGGCACAGCAGAAUGCUCUCCUACUGAGGACGUCUGUCAGUCUCCCCCUCAGCCGAGCUCUGAUGCAUAGAGGUCUUUCAGUGACAGCUGUUUUCUCAGAAGCCCCCUGUGCUCUGAGCUGGCAGAUGUGCAGUGGUACGGACAAGACAAGGCCAAGCCCGGAACACUGGUUUGAGACCUUCAUUUAGGGGCCGAGAAAUUCCCAUUGCCCUUUUCCUACUGCCUCUUCACUGUCCCCUCACUACUACCCAUCAGCAACCGACAACCUCAUCCUUAAAGCCCUACGAAAAAAGAAAAAGAAAAGAAAAAAAGAAUCCUCCUGCCCUAACUGGACUGGAUAAGAGCCUCACUCCUGCCUGAGUCUCACCACCUCUUUGUUAUGCCCUGACUGUCGGAGCUCAGCUGGACAGGGACACACUCACUGAGCUCUGACAGGGGGCUUAUUUCACAGUUUAGACUGAGAAGUGCCACUGCAGCUGUUGAACUGUUCUCCUACUGCGCCACAGCGCCCUUUUCUGCAUCCGCCCUUUUGGAGCACGCAGGCAAACUGGGGGGAAGGGGGACGAGGCCGAGGGAGGACGGAGCACAGAACAAUAUCAGAUAUGCUACUCACAAAAGCAACAUCAGACAGGCUGGGAUAUGCUUCAUAUCACAUCUCGUAUCCCUCAGACAGUGACAGUGCAACGCCACCCUGUCAGAGGAUACUUGCUGGAGUUGAGCCAACAUUUUAAAAAACCCACUUUUAGGCCCAAAUGAACUGUGUUGCAUUUCCCUAUUCAUAUUGUUUGUCUUUUUUUUUUUCCCCCUGAUUUAUCCAUGCCUCUUUAUAAAAGAAGAAUAUAACAUAUUCACACAACAGAGCUGCUGGAUUUACAGGACGGACCAUAGUCCUCUGGGGAGGGUGCCAGCGUAAAUCAGCGACUGUCUGUCAGUCAACAGUAAGCAACGUUACCAGGAUGAUUACUGGAACACUGUCUGAGAUAGAAUUGAGGACUAAAGCAAUAAGAAACACUGUACAAGUCUGUGAAGUGGUUUUAAUCAACAGCGUGAAUUGAAGCAAGCAUUUUUCCGACAUCUUCUGCCUCGUGAUGCUUGCAGUAAAGAUCAUUAGUGCAUCUUAGACAGAAUUUGGAGUUGCGGUUUUUUGGCAUUAAUACACUCUGUUUUUUUUUAAGUGUUUUCUUCAUAUAUCUGGCUAUCUGAGUCUAAAAUACUCUUUUAAGUUAUUAGCAUUUGAGCCAGAGGAGAUGGGAUCAGGAUGACGGGUCACGUGGAACCACUGACAUGUUACAGCUACAGCAGCGUUUUUAUUCUGACAUGGGGAGCGAGGAUUACGGAUUCCAGCAUGUCACUUUUUUUUUUUCAACUUUUACCCCUGGCGGUAAAAGAAAACUGCUGGCAUAACUUGUAGUUUGACGUCGAGGCCGCUCACUGACGACGCCUCCGGUCCGGUGGACGUUUCUCCCGUCACUCGUGGCUCCGAACCGGUUCUCACCUUGCUGGGUAAUCCGUCAGUUUUUUUUACCGCACUGUUUCCUCAUAUUUCUGCCCAUUUCUUGAGCAUGACAAGAGCAUUGCCAGUGAGAAUACGUUAUGAGUUCCAGACAUGUUGGUGCUUUAUGUUUGUACUGUACUUUAGCACUGAAAGUAUUUCAGGCACAAAUACGCUAAUACUCUAAAACUCUAAUCCCCACCGUCAGAAGCCAUUUCUGCAGAUCAGCAAGAAGACACUCCAAUCAAAUGAGUGUAUUAAAACAUACUUUAAUGUGAAAGCACAACAGAAGAGCAUCUUUUGAGAGCUGGAACUGCAGUUAGUGUAACCGUUAACUGUUAUUAUAUCGAUAGAAGUGGAUUUCAGAAACUUCUGAAAGUUUAUUGAAUGCCCAGGUGUGUCGGGGCAGUAGGGACAGAGCCGAAAAAUAAAACUUAAGCUCUCGGCUCACGCGGAGGAUUGCUUUUGUUCUCACACCCCAAUCAACAAUUCUUCAGAAGAGGGUUCGAAAAGCACAUCUGGUUUUUAUGAAGGAGCUGUUUCUAUUAGCUGUUUUACAACCAGUUUCUCUCAUCUGAUCCUAAAACACAUUUAUGGUGCAAAAUAAUGCUGACCAUUUUUACAUCGUUGCACAACAUUUUGAUUCUUACUCUUAUUUAGUAACAGGGAGAAGUAGAAGUUGUUGUUUUGUUUUGCUUUUAAUCUUAAAAGCAACCGUUCAGCCUCUCUUAAGUCGUCUGCCGUGCUGUUUGGCUCUGGAGGAACAGUACGGAUCUCGCCCUGUCCAUCCUCGUGCUGUCUCUUUUCCUUAUAGACUGCAAUAAGUAGUUGUAAGAUACAACUUUCUGACUUUUACAAGAAGGUGUAGCCAACUCCCUGCUUGCAUGUUUGGUUCUCCUAGAGUCAUUCAGCGCUGCUCGGGCAGAUUGAAUAACUCUUUAUGCAAAACCAACAGCCACUUCUUACCUUCGUGGAGGAUUUCAUCACUGUCGUGCUCUCAAGUUCUCUUUAAAUUCUCUGCCCGCCAUUUAUGUGCUGAAGACACAGUCUCAUGCAUGCCCUACAGAUCCAACUGGCAAACCAACCCCAGUCAGCACCCAACUCGUUCCGCCUAAAAUGAUCUCAAGUUGCUCCGUAGUGUUAUUCCAAACCUUUAAAAACAUCUAUUUUGAUCUUGUUGUAAUCUCUGACCUCUGAACUUGUUGUGAAGAAGUGUGAAUCCCCUUCCUUCCUUACUCUAAGAGUAAGAAAAUACCUAUUUUCUCAAUCUUUUCCUGUAUGUAUGGAGGGGCACUGUUAGGUUAUGUGGGGUUUUUAACAUUCACAUUCAUUGUUUUAACAAAGGAUUUUAUAUGAACCAGGAUUUUUUUGUUUUUCUUUUUUUUUUUUUUUGUUUUCCAGUUUCUGACAUUCUAACAACUAUUUCAGGUGCUACAAAAUGACCAGUUACUGCUUUGUCACGUAGGAUCUAGAAAUCUCUUCAUUCUUACCGAUAGAUUCAAUACCAGAUGUGCAAAACGAAACUUAUUUUAACAAACAGUUUAACAGUAGAACACUUCCUCAAACAGACAGUAGAGCAUGUAACGGUUCGGUUCGGCUGUAACAAUACAUUAAAAAGGUGUUGUAGAAAAAAAAUGUGGAAUUGAUUAAAAAGCUGAAUUCCACAGUUAAUUUAUUCUUUUUUUUUUCUAUUAAGAAUUUGUAUAGUAACUUUACAUUUUGCAAAAUCGUGUUGUUGGAAAUUGAUGAUGAAUUUUCAAGAUGAGAGGCCAUGGUGGUUCUUGAGAGAAAGAAAAAAUAAAUUAUUGAUGAAUGUUCUCAAGAUGA